AUGCCGACGUUCUACGGAGAUGUAAAAGAGUGGAACACAUUUUCUAAUUUGUUUCAUGAAGCUAUACAUAUAAGAGAUAUACCAGAUUCCGAAAAAAUGUAUAGAUUAAAGGCAGUAGUAAAAGGUGAAGCUGGCAGAUUAAUCCAGCAUAUGAAUGUAUCUGUGGCUAAUUAUAAAACAGCCUGGGAAAUGCUACAAAAAAGAUACAAUAACAGAAGGUGGUUAUUUAGAACACAGGUAGAUCAAUUACUCGACCAAUUAUCUACAACAGUAGGGGAUGCUAAAAGUAUAAGGCAGCUAACAGACACAACAAACGAAUGCAUUAAUACAAUAAAAGGAAUGGGUAUCGACCUUAAUAAUGCAGAACCUUUAAUAGCACGAAUAAUAUUAAGAAAGCUGGACAAAGAAAGCUUAAGGAUGUACGAGUUAGGUGCCAAAAAUCCAACUGAAAUACAAAACUUAGAUGAGGUACAAAAAUUUUUAGAACAUCAAUUUCAAGCGCUAGAUGCUAUGAAAAAUAAAGAAACAGACGAUAGAAAGAUAAAUUAUCCGAAGAAAAUAUGUGCGUACUGUAAUAAGGCGGGACAUACAACAAACGAAUGCAGAAAAUUUUCAGCAAUGUCAAAUAUUGAAAGACGAUUACCAGUAAAUCAGCAAAUAAAUACAUCUAUAAACUUUAGCUGUUCAUUUUGUAGGAAACAGGGGCACAAAAUAUACAGCUGCUCAUCAUUUAGUUCAUUGCCUAUCAGCAAUAAAAGAGCAUUUCUAAACGCUAACGACACGUGUAAAAUUUGCCUGAGCCAUAAAAAUCAAGACAAAUGCAUAUCAAAGUACACAUGUAAGAUAUGUAAUAGUAGAGAUCAUCAUACCUUGCUACAUAAUGAGCAUCAACAAGAAAAAAAGGAUAAAUCAACAAAAACUAAGGUGAUCGCAGUAACAAAAAAAGAUGAAAGCGAAGUAGUAUUACUACCAACAGCAAUAGUUAAAGGGAACACAAUUAGAGGAGAAUAUAAAGAACUACAUGCGCUUAUAGACCAAGGAUCCCAAGCAUCAGUGAUAUCAGAAGAAGCUGUUAAUAUCUUAGGUUUACAAAAAGUAAAAACCGAUAUUAAAUUAACUGGGCUUGCUGAAACUUCAGUAGGGCAAGCAAAUUCAAAGGUCAUAAUGGAAAUAAAAUCUAAAAUUAAUAAUAUAAAUAUGAAAGAAGAGUUUAUAGUCAUGAACAAGCUAAUUAGACCAUUGCCAGAAAAGACAAUAGACCACAAUAAGAAUCAGUGGAAAAGCUACAACUUAGCAGAUCCUGAAUUCAUGAAAACAAAACAAAUCGACUUAAUAAUAGGCAGUGACAUUAUCCCGAAAAUAAUAAAGAAAGGGUUCAAGAAAAUUAAUGGAAUUAUCGCCCAAGAAACAAUAUUUGGAUGGAUAAUAUCAGGCAAAGUAUUAAAGAAACCAGCAAAAAGAAGUAAAGUAACAAUUACAACAAAAAACAUAGAAAAGUUUUGGGAACUAGAAGAAGCAAAUAACACAAUCAAUGAAAAAACAGCAGAAGAUGAAAUAUGUAUGCAAUUUUAUGAUGACACCACUAAAAUAGACGGCGACAAAAAAUUUAUAGUGAAACUUCCAUUAAAAAAAGAUGCCACACUAGGUGAAUCUAGAAAUCAAGCAAUGGCAAGAUUCCUAAACCAAGAGAAAAAAAUGAGUAAUGAGAAAAGAACUGAAUACAUAAAAUUCAUGCAAGAAUAUGAGCAGAAAGGACAUAUGGAAAAAGUAAAAGAUAAUACAAUAGGAAAAUAUUACCUACCGCAUCAAGCAGUGAUAAGAGAAUCAAGUCGCACUACAAAACUAAGAGUAGUAUUCGAUGCAUCAGCAAAAUCGACAAAUGGAAAAAGCUUGAACGACAUAAUGAUGACGGGGCCAAGAUUACAGCAGGAUAUAUUUGAUAUAUUAAUGAAAUGGCGAUUAUGGAAAUUCGUCGCUUCAGCCGAUGUAGAAAAAAUGUUCAGGCAAAUAAAAAUUGCACGAGAAGACCAAGAUUAUCAAAGAAUUUUAUGGAGAGAAAAUGCAAGGGAAAAAAUUAUGGAAUAUAGAUUAACAACAGUUACAUAUGGAACCGCAGCUGCACCUUUUCUAGCAGUUUAUGUAUGCAAUAUUUAUGCUAUAAAAUUUGUUCUAAUGUUAUAA